GCGCGCACGCCUUCCCGCUCCCCUCCGAGCCUUAGACGGGUCAUGGUCCGACGGCAUUACUCUGCGGCGGGAGCGCCCCUUGCUCCAGCGGUGCUGCUCUGCGCGUUGCUCUCUCUGCUUCCCUGCAACUCAGGUAGGUCUACAGUACAGACAGCUGUUAACAUUACUUGGUCAUCGAUCAAUUUUAAGACUCUGCUCUACUGGGAUCCAAAGCCAGUUGGUUAUGUUUAUACAGUUGAAAUUGAUGGGGACCUGUUAAGACGGGGAAAAGUAUGCAUUCAUACUAAUAAAACUGAAUGUGAUGUUACUAAUGUGAUGCUACAGAAUUUAAAAGAUGCCUACAUAGCACGCAUAUAUUCUGAAAUACCUUAUGAUGAAGAUAAUUUUGAAACACCUCCAUAUGAAGUUUCUUCAGUCUUUGAACCUUACACACAAACUGACCUUGGAAUGCCAACAAUAGCACGUUUUGAACAAAAAGAUGUAACUCUGAAAGUAGAAGUAACUAAUCCAUUAACACCUUACAGAGUUAAUGGUACCUUGCAAACUAUCAAGGACAUAUUCAGAAAUGAUCUGGAAUACAUAUUAUACUACUGGAAGGACCAAAGUACGGGCAGGAAAUCAUCAAAGACAAAAACCAAUCAGUUUGAAGUCAGUGUUGAUAAAGGAAAGAGCUACUGUUUCUAUGUUCAAGCUAAUAUUCCAAGCCGUGUAAAUAACCAAAAAAGUCAAAAAAGCACUGUAACAUGUACCAGCGUUCAAAGGGAGGAUUUGGAUGCUCUUGAUUUGGACAAAAUCCUCAUAAUAGUAGCUGUUGCUGUUGGAGUCAUCAUUGUAAUUAUUAUUUUAUCUGUGGUGGUGUAUAAGUGUAAAAAGGCAAAGGGCAAAUUAUCAGAAAAAGAGAAUAUGCCUCCAAAUUUGUAAGGAGAAAAAUCUCAGCCCUGAAUGAUCAUAGGCUUGAUAUGCAUAAACACUGCAGUAAUGCCAUGAAAAAGAAGUCCCUUCUGGAAGCAAUGAUUACUGACUCUUCAACGUACAAACAUUUAUGGCUUCUAUGAAACAUUUGUUUUUAAAACACAAUUUAAAACCCCUUUUUUAAUACCACUGUUAAAACUAUGAGAACUGUUUGAAAUAUAUUAACUACAUAUGUGAUGAAAUGCUACCGUUUCUACUGCACUUUUGGUAGUAUUUUUUUAUAUUGGGUGUUCGGGGUACAUCAAGUGGUGAUAAAAUUACAAUAAUGGUUUUUUAGCAGCCUGAUUUUGCAUAAAACGUAUGGUACAAAUUGCUAUUAAACAUUAGAAUAUGCUGCAAGUAGAUACCUGAUAAAAAGGGAAAGAUUCCCUUGAUCUGAACUGGACAAUUGGCCACAGCAUGGAAGUGGUUCAGAAAUGCCUUUUUUGGGCAGAUAUCUGACACUUUUAAACAGGUUAUUCCAUUUUAAAUAAAACUGGGUCCACGACUUCAGUUGGUAACCUGUGUUGUUGGUUGCCAUUGCCAGAACAUAGCACUUUAAAUAUGUAUUGAUAAUUAACUGCUGGACAGAAAGAAACCUAACUUUUUAAGAAUUCCAUAUAUCUGUAAACACAGGUGGUGUGAACUGAGGUUCUUUGUGGUACUAUAAUAACUUAAUGUAUUUAUGGUUUUUAUGAAUGAAGGUAUAUUUGUAUAUAUUGCAUUAAUUUAUUUAAUAUAAUAAAGGUAAAUGGGAAAUACAGAA